GCUGGUCGUUUUCAAAUACGUAGCCUCCGUCGAGCAGCCCGUCGUCUGCCCAUGUUGUCCGCCGGGUGGAGUUUGGCUACAGUCCGCGAGACAAAGACAAGUGAUGGACCAGUGAGGCGCUACUGUACCGGCGCUGUACACAACGUGACUGAAGGUCUGUGUGACACUGAGCUGCAGAGCCCCUGGAUCUUCACCAGACGAGAGAAACCACCUGCUGUGCCCACUUGAUUUUGUUUCCAUUGUUUACAUUUCCUUCACCAGCUGGAGGCUUUGCUCCAAUAGCAAAGGACAUCUGAAGCGAGGACAGACCACUGUUUCGCCGCAGCUGUUUUAAAGACUUUACCCUUCUUUUCCUGGAAUUGGAUUGAACUGAGGCCCAGAAACAGAUUUAUGAAAUGAAUUUAACUGAUAUUGUCCAAGAGGGCAACGUCAAGAUGGCCACUUGUACUUUUGUUGAUUCCCUGUUCAGCGUGAGGAGAAGCUCCAUCCCCUAGUUAUCUUGAUGAAGUCUUUUUUCUGACAAAAGAUAAGGGCCACUUAGGGCCAGGAGGUGGAGUGCAGUUCCUCCUCUGCCGUCUGCUCUACCCUCUGAUUUCAACUAUUCAAUACAUUUCAUUGCCCUCCUGACUUCAAGAUGGAGCUCUUCUUCAACCCUUUCGACAACUUGUUGUGUAUCCUGCUGGGUAUCUCCUUCACCGUGUGGUUCACCCUGCUCCUGGUCUUCAUUAUUGUGCCUGCCAUCUUUGGGGUGUCCUUUGGCAUCCGACGUCUUUACAUGAAAACGCUGCUAAAGAUCUUUGAGUGGGCCACACUCAGGAUAGAGAGAGGAGCAAAAGAGAAGAAUCACCUACUGUACAAACCCUACUCAAAUGCAAUCAUUGCCAAGGAGCCCACCUCCUUGGAGGAGGAGAUCAAGGAGAUUCGACGAAGCGGCAGCAACAGAGACCUGGACUCAGCCCCUGAGUUUGAGAUGUCUGACAUCUUCUAUUUUGCCCGUCGAGGAGUGGAGAGCAUCAUGGACGAUGAGGUGACCAAACGAUUCUCUGCUGAGGAAUUAGAGUCCUGGAAUCUGCUGACCCGCAGCAACUACAACUUCCACUACAUAAGCCUGAGGCUGACCGUCCUAUGGGGGCUGGGCCUGCUGAUCCGCUAUGGCUUCCUGCUGCCUCUCAGGGUAACUCUUGCCUUCACUGGUGUAGGCCUCCUUGUGUUCCUCACCUCUCUUGUUGGGCUGCUGCCAAAUGGAAGGAUGAAAAACUUUCUGAGUGAAAAAGUCCAUUUGAUGUGCUACAGAAUAUGUGUCAGAGCUCUAACGGCCAUUAUAACCUACCAUGACAGUGAGAAUAAACCCAAGAAUGGAGGCAUCUGCGUCGCCAACCACACUUCGCCCAUUGAUGUCAUCAUCCUGGCCAGCGAUGGCUGCUAUGCUAUGGUUGGCCAAAUUCACGGUGGCUUGAUGGGGGUCAUUCAGAGAUCCAUGGUCAAGGCCUGCCCACACAUUUGGUUUGAACGCUCAGAAGUCAAAGACAGACAUCUAGUGGCCAAAAGGUUGAGUGACCAUGUAGAAGAUAAAUCUAAACUACCCAUUCUCAUUUUCCCAGAAGGUACCUGCAUUAACAACACGUCAGUUAUGAUGUUUAAGAAGGGCAGUUUUGAGAUUGGUGCCACAGUCUAUCCUGUGGCCAUUAAGUAUGAUCCCCGAUUUGGGGACGCCUUCUGGAAUAGCAGCAAGUUUGGCAUGGUCAACUACCUGUUACGCAUGAUGAGCAGCUGGGCCAUUGUCUGCAGUGUGUGGUACCUCCCUCCCAUGUCUAGAGAGGAGGGAGAGGAUGCUGUACAGUUUGCCAAUCGUGUAAAGGCAGCCAUUGCCAGGCAAGGUGGACUGGUCGACCUCCUGUGGGAUGGAGGAUUGAAGCGAGGAAAGGUAAAAGACACCUUUAAAGAAGAGCAGCAGAAGCUGUACAGUAAAAUGCUGGUGGGCACCCAAGAAGACCGCAGUCGCUCCUGAAGGACUUGUGUGUAGGUGGACUGGCUCAGAGACCCACAUGGGCACCUCUGACUAAAUAGGCAGUCAGCGGGGGCUCACUCUCUGUUGGAGCUCCUAGACUGGAAAAUUCCCUCUCAGAUGUCAACAGCACUCCAUUUGGCUUCCUCUGUCACUGCCUCAGCCUGGCAUGUUCAGUUUGCAUCGCUGUUAUGGGUCUUUCUGAGUCUGCUGCCUUUUGUUGGAUUAGCUUGACUGAAGCCCUGCUUGCAUUAGAAAUGAAAUUAAGGUGUGCACAGAAAAAGAGUAUUGUCUUCCUCGGUGGCAGUCUUUUGAGGGAAAACUUAUAUAAUUAUCUAUCACUGAGUUCCUGUCUUUGUUUGAUAGUUUCAACUUUUUAAUUUUUUCAUUUUACUGUCAUGUUUGUAUCACACUGUGUUAACAUUACAGACCUAAUUUUACCUGGGAUGUAGGAGAGAUAUUGUAGAUAAAAACUAGUUUGUUCUAAAGCUAAAACCUGUUACUAAGUUGGGGUUUUGCAUGACUGGCUGGUGCCCAUGAUUUAGGGCACGAUGCCAGGUUUUGUUACAUUUAAAAUAUUUUUAUGGGCUUUUUUCCAAGAGAGAAAAAACUUGUAUUUUAAGCUUUGUGUUUUACAUUAAGACUUGUAUCUAUACAUGUGGUCACUAUAGGACUUGCGUUGCAGAUGAGCUCUUGAUAUGUUGUCUGUUCCUAUGUUUUUUCCACAGAAUGUGUAAAAUCUCACAUUAUGAAGUGGAAAUCGUGUUCCCACAGUUACUCUGAUGGAGGUUUAUGGACUGAGGAAGAUAUUCCUGUUCCAGCUAAUGGAGUAAAAGGGUUUAUUGUCCAUUCAUUAAGAAUUUAUUUUGGAUGCUUUUAACAUUGUCCCUUUAAGGCCCAUGGCACACAGGUAGUGAUGUAGGAUAAUGACCAUCACAACUGGUCUCCUGACUAAAGCAGUUAUAAUGGCAGUUAGCUGACUCACAUUCAUACUAAUACACUUCAUAACAGUCAUCAUGUUUUCAUGGGCUUCCUGCUUGUGCAGUGACCAUCUUGCCUAAUUUAUUUUAAGUGAACUCUAAAAGCUAUUGUCUUGAUUUCCCCCUCUCAUCAGUGAUCUUUCUCCUACUUGGCUGCCUCUUCAGUGAGGUUUCAAGGAGAGACAGAGUGCAGCUGUGGUUUUGACUCCCCGUUAGGCUGAGGAACAUGGUGGACAGCCUCAUGGAUUUCUCUCUGAGGCGUUCAUCCCUCUAGUUUGCUGUUAUCAGGGAUAGUCAUUUAGAUUGUGUCAAAUCUGUUCAUCAAAAUAAAUGUUCAAGAAUGUGA